AUGGCAUCCCGCGACCCCUCGACCUACGAGAGCUCAGAGGAGAUCUUCUCCUCGACGCUGACACUCCCCCAAAUCCGAUCCCUUCACAAAGCUCUCCAUGUUCAGAUUGAAGAAAAGUCUAGCCGACUGCGCACACAAGUGGGCGGGUCAUAUCGGGAACUCCUCGGCACCGCUGAUGCCAUUGUCCGCAUGCGACGCGACAAUGACAAGGUGCAGCAUGUUUUGGGCACCAUGGGCAGCCGCUGUGGGCGGACAGUUGUUACAUCGAAAGCUUCCAACCUGAGCAAGUUUACAGUGAGGCAGGAGAACUCCUCUUCGUCAGCUGUAACAAGGUUGCGACUUCUGGAGAUGUGCGCGCUGGUGUCGGAACGCAUCCUCAAGGGCGGCAGUGGACUCAAUGACGCCACAACAAGAGGUGAUCGACUAGUCGCUACAGCAAAGAUCCUUGCGCUGAGUAGGCUUGUUGUCAAGAGUUUCAGCGAUACCACUGCCGCCCCGGACAGUCAAGCCUCCGCCGAGGCUCUCAAAAAGACUCUGGAUACUCUCCGGAGACGUCUGCGAAGGCGUGUGGAAACCCUUCUCGAGAAGCCUGGGGACGACUCACAACGACCCGAGAUUCUGAAAGCGCUCUGUGUUCCAAGCCUCAUAUCAAGCUCCGGUGCAAGGGAUGCCUUGCGGUUCUUCCUCGAAACGCGGAAGAAUGCUAUGACUAGAGCAUUUGACAUCGAAGAUGGCGAGCGAUCGCGGACACUUGAGAACGUUAUACAUGCCCUGCGUGUAUAUACCCGAACAUUACUAGACGUUCAAGCGUUACUGCCAACAAAGCUUCCCGAGGCGCUGUCGAAUCUCAAGAAACAUCCGCUGUUCGAGGAUGAGACGUUGCAGCGCAUUGAAACCCUAAGGUUAGACGUAUAUGGAACAUGGUGCACCGAAGAAUUCCAGUACUUUACGCCGUUCAUCCGGCAUGAUGACCUUGACGGCAAGCAGGCACGCGAUAUGCUAUCCAGCUGGGCAGAAGACGGAUCUCAAUGUUUGAUAAACGGCCUGAAGCAGACAUUGGAGGAAAUGACAGACUAUAAACAUAUCAUGGAGCUCCGCACCGAGGUGCUUCAGCUUUGGAUACGAGACGGCGGCAAGGCCAAGGGCUUGGAUCCGCAAGAAAUGCAAGACGAUUUACGCCAAGUUAUCAAUGGCCGCAUGCUUGCCGUCUUGGAGAACAAGGUAUCAAAACUUCGACUGGUCGGCUCCGAAGUCACGGCUACGCUUGAAGGCUGGCAAAUUGGUAUCACUGACAAGCAAGAGGAUCUUUGGGAUCAGGUCGGCUACGAUGAUGCGCUAGCUAUUGGUGCAGCGCCGUUCCUGCAAGAAGUUGUCUCCCGCUUAUACGGAAGGAACAAUGCCGUAUCCAAAGCUGUCCACAGCUACAUGUCGUGGUACAGGGUUGUUGAUGAUAUCAAAGACGUCGUCGACGCGCUCAAGAAGCAGUGUUGGGAUAAUGACUAUGACGAGGUGGAAGAUGAAGAGACUAUUGAAACAAGACAGCAGAUGCUUGGCAAAGAGGACCCCAAGCAGCUGCAGGAUAAGCUUGACUCUGCGUUGGACAAGACUUACAAAGAGCUGGAAGCUCACCUCACGGAACUGUGGGAGAAAGAGAAGUACGGAAAGCACAGCGGGGGCGUCGCAACAUAUUUAUUGCGUAUACUUCGCGACAUCCGCAGCAAGCUGCCCAACCGCCCUGCGGUGCAGAAGUUUGGGCUCGAAAUGGUACCUGCUUUGCAUGCCAAAGUCGCCGAAGAGGUUGCGGAUGCAGCUAUCAAGGGUUUUACUCAGUCGGGGCUCUCCCUCCGGGUGGUCACUGGCAAGCCAUUGUGGGAGGGUGACCCUCCCAUGCCCAAUCAGCCCUCUCCAGAGCUGUUUAGUUUUCUGCAUGACCUGUCAACUACCAUGUCGGAACUCGGCGUCGAUCUGUGGACUCCGGGUGCUAUGAGAGCGUUGAAACAGAGACUCGGGAAUGGGCUGCGCGCUGCGUGGGCGAAUGAGCUAGAAGCUCUGACGGCUAGUGGCUCUACAGGUGGCAAGGCUAACAAGAAAUCUUUGAAAGGGAAGACGAGGAAGGGGAAGGUUUCCGCGAACGAGCUGAAGGAAGUCAAACAUGAGGAAAACGCCGAAGAAAAUGCAGAUGGCGAUGAGGGAAGCGACGAUUCUGAGGCGACGUGCAGUGAUUCUACAUCAAUUAGCCCAGAACUCGUCAAAGAUGUGUGCACGCAGUGGCUGUUUGACAUUUCCGUGUUACAAAAUUGCGUGGGAAGCGACAAGAUCGCUAGAGAGGACCUCGCGCACGCGGCAGAGCAGGUAUAUAAGCACACGGGUAUCAGCGAUGAGUCUGCACGCAAGCGCAUCGUCAAGCAGUCUGGUGAAUUCUGGCAGCGCAUUAGCCUGCUGUUUGGCUUGUUGGCAUAG